AUGGCACCUCAAGACCACAAAAAAGGUGAACGAACAUUGACUUUAAGUCAACGUUUGUUUUCUUUGCCUCCCAUGCCCCUCCCUUUCAAUAGGGAUGUGGGUGGAGGCAUGAAACCCCCACCUCUCUGUCUCUCGCCUUUCCCCCUCUCCCUUGCCUUGCCUCCUCCCCCUGCUGGCGCCACCCUCCCACCCAUCUGUGGAACCAACGACAGCGGCGAAGGGCGGACAAAGGAUGGUGGCAAGGGACGACCGGAGGGCGAGGAGCGAAUGAUGACGCAUGGGCAACAGAUGGCCAUGACAAACAAUGGAUGGUGGACAACCACGACGAACGACAGCGGCGGAUGA